AUCUUACUACUGCAACACUUGAGAAAUAAAGGAGCAAACCAAGAGAAAUGCUCGACCAUGUUAUGUUCAAGGUCAUCAACUAUGAGGAAUCAAAGAAGUUCUACGAGGCAGCACUGAAGCCUCUUGGGGCCAAAGUCAUUAAAGAGGUGCCGGAAGCCAAGGCUUGCGGCUUCGGGACUUGUUGCCCGGACUUCUGGAUUACAGAAGGUCCGGCCCCGACCUCCUGCCACGUGGGCUUCAGGGCGGCUAGUCGGGCCAGGGUUCGCGAGUUCCACGCAGCUGCCUUGAGGGCGGGGGGCAAGGACAACGGCGCACCCGGGCUGCGUCCGCAGUACCAUCCGUACUACUACGGCGCAUUCGUACUGGAUCCCAACGGUCACAACAUCGAGGCGGUGUCGCACAUGCCCGAGGGCUUCGAGUGGGUGAAGCUGCCGCUGGGGCUGAUUGGCGGUUUCUUCGGCAGGUUUCGGCGCGGAAAGAACACCAAGGAAGAGUGAAAGGUUGCUGACAGCGACGGGGAAGCAGGUUAGACCGACUCGAUGCAUGGAAGGUAUCGUAGACAUGCAAUCGUGAACUUAUGUUGCCAGAGGCGUGCAUUGUGUCCCAUUUACUGCAUGGUCUUCACGGUUGGUUUGGGCUCGAUGCAUGCUGCAAGGAAGGGGGGCAUAGCUGCACUGUGGACUAUAGUGGGGUAUGUUUGAACUUUUAUCGCCAUCUAUACGGCAGUUGGCCUCCGUCGAUUGGUCAGGUGGGCGUUUGCACGCACGGCACUGGUCGACACAUUGAGGGCAGUCCUUGCAACAGUUACAUGAUUGCCUCAUCUCACGCGAUCCCUCAUGUCCAGGUGUUUGCUCUUUGCUCGUGAUAACCUAUUUUUACAUUGUUGCGCCGAGGAUUGCACCGGAUGUCACAGCAAGGGGUUUGAAGUUUAAACACAGGUGAGGAUAAGAUAGAUGUGUGCAUGGACGCAACAGCGCAUUGGAUCUCGGUCGUCAAUGUAAGGUACAUCAUUGGUGUAAUCCCACCAACCCAAGAGCAAGAAGUUACGGAAGAAUAGUCCCCGCCACUCUACGUGGCAUCCCAGCAAGCCCGCAGGCUUUCCCAUGUAUCCGGAGUAUAUGUAGGCAUACCCUCAGUCCGCACUGUCAUUAUAAGAAAUGUCCUCCCUGUCUCAAUAGUCGCAGCAAAACUCAGAAGACAUGGUUACCAAAGGAGAAACGCAAAGUCCCAGGCCAUAACCCGCACACACGUAAGUCGCAUUAAUCGCACGCCACAAUUCCAGUGGCUCCAUUGUACCGUACUACGGCAUCCGUACCGAAUAAAGGUGAGACAUAAGACCUGAGAUCUCCAAUUUG